CCACUACUCUUCUUCUCCUACUCUCCUCUUCUAUUUAGUACCAACUCCCCUCGUGCUCUUCGUCUCAACUCCCCAAUUCUUAAUACUCUACUAGACUCAUCAUCAUCUGAUCCGAUCCAAUGGCCGACGACCAGAAAUGGGUUCUGAUGGUGACGGCGCAGACCCCCACCAACAUCGCCGUGAUCAAGUACUGGGGCAAGAGGGACGAGAGCCUCAUCUUGCCGGUCAACGACAGCAUCAGCGUCACUCUUGACCCCGACCACCUCUGCACCACCACCACCGUCUCCGUCAGCCCUUCCUUCACCCACGACCGCAUGUGGCUCAACGGCGAAGAGAUUUCCCUCUCCGGCGGCAGAUUCCAGCGCUGCCUCAAGGAGAUUCGCAGCCGGGCAUGCGAUGUUUGUGAUGAGAAGAAGGGGAUCAAGAUCAGUAAGAAGGACUGGGACAACCUUCAUGUCCAUAUUGCUUCCUUCAACAAUUUCCCUACUGCUGCCGGAUUGGCUUCCUCCGCCGCCGGUUUCGCCUGUCUCGUUUUCGCCCUUGGAAAGUUAAUGAAUGUUAAAGAAGAUCAGAGCCAGCUUUCUGCUAUUGCAAGGCAAGGUUCAGGCAGUGCUUGUCGCAGUCUGUACGGGGGAUUUGUCAAGUGGAUCAUGGGAAAAGAUGAUAAGGGAACCGACAGUCUUGCGGUUCAACUUGCAGACGAGAAGCACUGGGAUGAGCUUGUUAUUAUAAUUGCUGUGGUAAGUUCUAGGCAGAAGGAAACAAGUAGUACUACAGGAAUGCGUGAUACUGUCGAAACAAGUUUACUCUUGCAACAUAGGGCGAAGGAAGUAGUGCCCAAACGCAUAUUAAAAAUGAAAGAAGCCAUUCAGAACCGCGAUUUUGCUUCUUUCGCACAAUUGUCCUGCACUGACAGUAACCAGUUUCAUGCUGUCUGCCUGGACACAUGUCCUCCCAUUUUCUACAUGAAUGAUACAUCCCACAGGAUAAUCAGCCUUGUUGAGAAGUGGAAUCGUUCAGAAGGAACACCUCAGGUGGCUUAUACAUUUGAUGCGGGCCCAAAUGCGGUUAUGAUUGCACGUGACAGAAAAACUGCUACCCUAUUGCUUCAGAAGCUUCUUUACACCUUCCCUCCGAAUUCUGAUGCGGAUUUGGACAGUUUCGUUCUUGGUGAUAAGGCAAUUUUGAAAGAUGCUGGAAUUAAUGCCCCUGAGGAUAUUGGGACUCUGUCCCAACCACCAGAACUCAAGGGCCAGCAGUACAAAGGAGAUGUUAGUUACUUUAUUUGCACAAGACCUGGGAGAGGUCCAGUGGUGUUGUCAGAUGAAACUCAUCUUCUCAACCCUGAAACUGGCUUGCCGAAGUAAGUCAGAGGGUUUCUUUCUUUUUUUCUCGCGCGGCUCUAUUCCUUAACAGGCCAAUUCAAAUGGCCUAUGUACCUGAAUUAGUUCCAUCAGGUGAUCUUUUAAGGCUAAACCAGGAAUCCAGGAUUUGGCAUGAGAUGAUUAUCUUGAGUUCCUCUCAGUUUCAGUUUCAGUUUCUGUUGCUUGUUCCAUGUAUUUCAAUCCAUUUAUGCCUUCUGUACUCAUUUUCUUCUUGACACAAUAAUGAAUAAAUUGUCUAUUCUUCC